UCAGUUUAGUUCCAACAAUCGGAGUGUCAAGCAGCUGUUGGCAGAAGGCGCAGGCAAAGACGAGCGACGACAAAAUCAAAAAUAACCAAACAGAAUUAAGCAGGCAGCAAGGCAAAGAGCCAGAGGCGCAGCAACUCACAGCCGCCAACUGUUUGAAAUUGUAUAUAUUUCUUUUGCUUAAUUUGCAUUUAGAAAUAUAGUUGAAAAACAAAAUUUUUGCCUGCGCAUGCGCUGCGCUCAAUGUGCCUAUUUAAAUAAAACAAACAGCUGCCGCUGCGAAUUUUCAAAAUAAAAGCAUAGACACACUCAAAAGCUAAAAUUUAAGAAGAGACGCAAAGUGGAGACACAAAUAUAAACAGCUAAAACUACUGUUAUGUACAUUUAAAUACUGCAACGCGUGUGUUUGUUUGAGUGCGUGCAUGCGUGCAUUGGUGUAUUAGAACGUAUGCAGAGCUGUGUAUGUAUGUGUGUGUGACAGUGACACCGAAAUACAAAAACAAAUCCUUUUUCUUGUAAUCAUUCACAAACGAAAAACCACAUAGAGGAACAAAAAAAAAACAAUAAACGCGCGUGCAUUUAGUUUGACGCGCGUUUUGUUUUACGCUUUGUUUAAUAUCUGGAAAUUACUAGUAGUAAAUACAUUGUGCAAACUGCUAAUUGGAGCGUGCUGUGCUAAUUACAUAAUUAACUGUAAAUAAUUUACGUUUUUAGACAUCUUUAAGUUCAAGUUCACACUAACGCCAUGUCGAACACAGAGAAGGGAGGCCUGCACCGAGUGCAAAAUAUGCUAUCAUGCCGUCAAGUCUUGAAUCUGCUGACAAUGCUUGGCUUUAUGCUGAACUAUGCGCUUCGAGUCAACCUAACCAUUGCCAUUGUGGACAUGGUUAUGCCAAACAUCACAUCACACAUGGCAGGCAAUUCCAGCCUAGUAGACAACACUACUCUGACGGGGAGUAUCAGCAGUAGCAGCAGCAGUGAGGGUAUCCUCAGCAACGCCACAACCAGCGAUGGCGUUGCUGUCCUCGAGGAGCGCUUUCCGUGGGACACAUACCAAACCAACUUCGUGCUUGGCUGCUUCUUCUGGGGCUAUGUCCUCACCGAGCUGCCCGGCGGUCGUCUGGCUGAACUGAUUGGCGGUCGUCGCGUUUUUGGCCAUUCCAUGCUCUGGGCCAGUCUGUUGACCCUGAUAACGCCGCUGGCGGCGCAUUUGAGCUACGUUAUGUUGAUUGUGGUGCGUGUGGCACUUGGCUUCAUGCUGGGCGCCUCCUGGCCGGCCAUACAUCCCGUGGCCGCUGUCUGGAUUCCACCCAUGGAUCGCUCCAAGUUCAUGUCCAACAUGAUGGCCUCUUCGCUUGGCGCUGCCAUUACGAUGCCCAUCUGUGGCUAUUUGAUCUCGGUCUGCGGCUGGGCCAGUGUCUUCUAUUUGACGGGCGCUGUGGGUUUGCUGUGGUCUGUGUGCUGGUUCACAUUUGUCUAUGAGACGCCCGCCACACAUCCGCGCAUCUCGGCCGAGGAGCGACGCGAAAUCGAGGAUGCCAUCGGCACAUCCACAUCCAAGAAGCGACCCAGUUAUGUGCCCUGGGGUCAGCUGCUCUGCUCGCCUGCAGUUUGGGCUAUCAUAAUAACCCACGGUCUGUCCGUGUUCGGUUUCUUCACGGUCAUCAAUCAGCUGCCCACUUUUAUGUCCAAGAUUCUGCACUUUGACAUCAAGAAGAAUGGUUUGUUCUCCUCGCUGCCCUAUCUAGGCAAAUAUGUGAUGGCGGUGGCCUCCUCCUAUCUGGCCGACUAUCUGCGUCAGAAGGGCACCUUGAGCACGACUGCGACACGCAAGAUCUUCACGACUUUCGCUCUCGUUACACCUGGUCUGCUGAUGACGGCUCAGGUUUUCCUGGGCAUGGAUGCUGCCUGGUCGGUGGCCAUCUUUACACUCGCCCUGUUCGCCCAUGGCGCUGUCACCGCUGGCUAUUUGGGCAACGGUCUGGACAUUGCACCCAACUUUAGUGGCACCAUUUUUGGCAUGGCCAAUUCCUUGUCUUCCUUUGGUGGCUUCUUGUCCACUUGGAUGGUCGGCGCGCUGACCUUUGAAAAUCCCUCGUUCCAUCAAUGGCAAAUUGUAUUUUGGAUUUUGGCCGGCACCUACAUCUCGGCCGCUGUUGUCUUUGUCAUCCUGGGCACUGGUGAGCUGCAGUCCUGGAAUAAUCCACCAGAGCGCAAAAAGAUUGGUGAUGUGGCCCAAGAGGAAGGCAUGCCGCUCAAGAACGAAAAAUAAUCAAAUGAGAUCAUUCGAGCUGAGCCAGAGAGAAAAACCCACCACAUCCGCACAAGUUAUAGUAGUUUCUACCGCACAAGAUUGAGAUUUACGGUCACAUACAGAAUUUCCACUUUAAAAAGAUUGUAUACUAAA